AUGAAUGCCAUAAGAAAAAAGAGAUGUCCGACACAAAUGUGUCCACGAAAUAAAGGUCUAGAGAAGAAACCUGAAACUAACAAGUCCAAAGAUAAAUGUGGUAGGUGUGGUUAUGAUAAGACCCACAAGAAAAGUCUAGCAGUGGGACAACAGUGUGGACUCUGUAAGACGAUGAAUCAUUAUGCAAAGUUCUGCAGAUCAAAAGAAGUCCACAAUCUUAAAGACGUAGAGGACUCUGGUCCAGAAGAAGAAGAAAGUGAGAAGGAAUUACCCCUCUUUGUGUUCUCAUUGGAAUCAAGCAGUGUGAAGGAAGAUGAGCAGUUCUAUGAAACUGCUGAAAUAGAAGGUGCUCAGGUAAGAUUUCAGCUGCAUAGUGGUGCAAAAGCAAAUGACAUGUCAGCAAAGGUCUACAGCAACCUCAGACGUGGAUCCCCACCACCCCUGAAAAGACAAGCACAGCAUUNCACGAAAUAAAGGUCUAGAGAAGAAACCUGAAACUAACAAGUCCAAAGAUAAAUGUGGUAGGUGUGGUUAUGAUAAGAUCCACAAGAAAAGUCUAGCAGUGGGACUACAGUGUGGACUCUGUAAGACGAUGAAUCAUUAUGCAAAGUUCUGCAGAACAAAGGAAGUCCACAAUCCUAAAGACGUAGAGGACUCUGGUCCAGAAGAAGAAGAAAGUGAGAAGGAGUUACCCCUCUUUGUGUUCCAUUGGAAUCAAGCAGUGUGAAGGAAGAUGAGCAGUUCUAUGAAAUUGCUGAAAUAGAAGGUGCUCAGGUAAGAUUUCAGCUGCAUAGUGGUGCAAAAGCAAAUGACAUGUCAGCAAAGGUCUACAGCAACCUCAGACGUGGAUCCCCACCACCCCUGAAAAGACAAGCACAGCAUUGACUUCCUUUUCCAAGCACAAACUGAAACCUAACGGCGAAGUUGUGUUGACUACGAGAUACAAAGAUCAGGUGGAAGACGUACGAUUUUUCGUCGUGUCUGGGGUUGAAUCGGUGCUUAAUGGACAAAAAUGCAUUAAACUUGGCUUUCUGAAGAAAGUACAUCAACUCACAAGCAAGAAACCUGGCGCAAAGGUGGAGCUGGAUGAUUUCCCAGAGCUCUCCACGGGAUUGGGAUGUAUGCCUGGCACUCAUCACAUACAACUGGCCAACACUUUCAGCAUUUUAGACACCAAGAGUUAA